AUGGCAACGAACGAAGAACUCCAAGCAGCGAUUCUGCAGAUGACCCGGCUACUCCAGCGGUUGGCCGUUCCUCAAGCAACCAACCCCGAGCAGGUACUGGAGUCACUGUCGACGAACAUCAGCGAAUUCAGUUUCGAUCCGGAAAACGGCACCACUUUUGAAAAAUUGUUUGCCCGUUACGCGGAUCUGUUCGAGAGCGACGCGCGAAGUCUGGACGAUGCAGCCAAAGUUCGGCUUCUGCUACGGAAGUUGGACACGGCCUCCCACAGUCGCUACGUCAACUAUAUCCUUCCGAAGCUACCGAGGGACGUUUCGUUCGCCGACACCGUCAAGACGCUGACGAAAAUCUUCGGUAAGCAAACCUCCGUCUUCAACAAGCGAUACCAGUGUUUGCAGCUGGUCAAAUCCGAGACGGACGACAUUAUCAGCUAUGGUGGUAAAGUCAACAGGGCGUGUGAAGAGUUCGAGUUUCAAGACCUGAAGAUCGACCAAUUCAAGUGCUUGAUUUUCGUGUGCGGACUCAAGGCACCACGCUACGCGGACAUCCGAGCAAGGCUACUUUCCCGCAUCGAAGGUGAAACGCCAGAAGCGCCAGUGACGAUCCAGACUCUGAUCGAUGAGUUCCAGCGGCUCGUCAACCUCAAGUCGGACACCACGAUGAUCGAACAUCCAUCAAGUUCGAAGCAAUCGGUCCACAGCGUUUCGGAGAAGAAACCUAAACCUGGAAAUCGUCCACCGAGAACGGAAAGCAAGUCAAGCCCUCGUACUCCCUGCUGGCAGUGUGGUCAAAUGCACUACGUGCGUGACUGCUCAUUCUCGGACCACCUGUGCAAGGUAUGUAAUCGCAUCGGCCACAAAGAAGGCUACUGUGGCUGCGUGAAAAAGUCUUUAAGCGACUCUUCAACUCCACCCCGUGAGAAGAAGCAGUACCAGAAGAAGAAGAAGCCCGGUUCCAGAUCUCAAGCCAAAGGAAUUUUCGUGAAUCACAUCGCAAACACCACCCGGCGGCGCAAGUACGUGACCAUCACUAUCAACAACGUCACUAUUCCGCUACAGCUGGAUUCCGCAAGCGAUAUCACCGUCAUUUCCAAGGCAACGUGGCAACAUCUGGGACGACCGAAGCUGACUCCGUCAUCGAUUGAAGCAUCCAACGCAUCCGGUGGACAACUCGCUCUCAUCGGCGAAUUCAAUUGUGAAGUCACCCUCAACGGCAUGGUCAAGCGUGGCCAGUGUUUCGUGACGUCAUCACCGGACCUCAACGUUCUGGGCAUCGAUUGGAUCGAGGCAUUCAACCUGUGGUCAGUUCCUUUCGACUCGCUCUGCAGUCAAGUUGCAGCAGCGCCCGGACCAUGUUUCGACGAAGUCACAGCUCAGCUUCAAGCCGACCAUCAGGCGAUUUUCGACAGCUCGUUGGGCCACUGCAAGAAAACAAAGGUAAAGUUAUUUCUAAAGCCUAAUGCCAAACCCGUUUUCUGUUCGAAGCGACCGGUCCCGUUCAACACGGUUCCACUGGUGGAUGCAGAACUAACCCGUCUGCAAACUUUGGGAAUCAUCUCGCCGAUCGAUUUCUCGGAGUGGGCAGUACGGAAGCCUAACGGUAAAGUUCGCAUCUGUGCGGACUAUUCCACGGGACUCAACGAAGCGCUGGAGAGCAACCACUAUCCUCUACCCACCCCGGAGGAAAUCUUUGCUCAACUCAACGGCAGUGUGGUAUUCAGCGUCAUCGACCUCUCCGACGCGUAUCUCCAGGUGGAAGUCGACGAAGAAUCGAAGAAACUUCUCACCAUCAAUACGCACCGAGGUCUGUUCCAGUUCAACCGCCUAGCUCCUGGUGUGAAGUCAGCACCUGGAGCGUUUCAACGACUGGUCGACGGCAUGAUCGCUGACAUCCCUGGUGUUCGAACGUUUCUCGAUGAUGCCAUCAUAUUCGGACCAACUUGGGAAGCACACAAAGCGUCUCUGGACAUGCUACUGCAACGUCUGGAGGAAUAUGGAUUCCACGUCAAGCUGGAGAAAUGCCGGUGUUUCCAAACCGAACUAGGCUACUUGGGGCACAUCGUGGACUGCAACGGCAUUCGCCCGGAUCCGAACGGCCAUCGCCUCCAUUCCGGCACCAACCAACGUUUCCGAACUGCGAUCAUUCCUGGGAGCCGUUAA